UCUUUUAUUCUUGAUUUUAUACAAUAACUAAGACACAUCUAAAUGUGUUGUAAACAAAUCUAAACAUUAUCAAUGUUAAGUUUGCCAGUCUGAGUAGAUUUUUAAUCGAGUUCAUAUCCGACGCACCACCUUUUGCCCAACCAAAAGCCGAAUCAAACUAACUAGAAACCGUAUCAAACGAUUACUGUGCCUCGGUAAACAAUAAUGCUACACGUACGAAGGAAUACGGGGUUUUACACAAAACAGCUGGAAACCUCGCCGGUAAUAGAUCAGGCACGCCGAACUGAAAAAGAGAAGCGGCGAUGGCCGCCGGCUGGUCCUCCCUCCCCGCCGAUGUUCUCAAUGAGAUCUCGGGUCGCCUGAACACCGACGCAGACCAGCUCCACGCCCACCAGGUAUGCGCCCACUGGCGAGCCACCAUUCCUCGUCCGGCCGCCUACCGCCCGUGGGUCGUCGCCGCCCGACAGGCCCUCGACGGACUGAGCCCAGUCGGCGAGUACUCCCUCCAGCUCCCUCGCGGCGUCCCGGGCGUCGACUUCAAGGCGGCCCCACCCGGCCUCCCGUACUGCUGCGGCACGCCUCGCGGAUGGCUCGCCCUUGCGGACGAUGUCCGAUCCCCCACGCGGCUCGUGCUGUGGGAGCCCCACUCCGGCACCGAGAUCUCGCUUCCAUGCCUGUCUUUAGUCAUACAGGUCUUCCUUUCCGACGACCCGCUCGAAUGAG